GGGUGGAUCCAUCGAUGAUAUAUAAAGCUAGCGCACAAUUUUUUCCACGCAUUCAAACUAGUUCAUCGAAGCUACUAGUAAGCUAGCAAUUCAAAAUGAAAUUCGCUAUUGUUGUAUUGGCCUGCGUGGUAGCUGCGGCGAACGCCCAGUUUCGUAACCCAGGACGUCCCUUCGCCAGCGCCUUCGGUUCUGCCCAGAAAGCCAGCCCCUUCCGGUACCAGCCCUCUCCCCCACCUGUCCCUGUCGCCGCCCCCGCCUACAACCCAGUCCGCGCCGUCGUCAACCAAGACGCCAGGAACGCCAACAUCCUGAAGUCCGGAAACGACAUCAACCCUGACGGCAGCUACAGCUACUUCUACGAGACUGACAACGGUAUCGCCGCCCAAGAGCAGGGAACCCCCCGCAACUUCGGAGGAAACCCCCCAGUCGUGCCUGAUGUAGCCCAGGGAUCCUUCUCCUGGACCUCCCCUGAGGGUGAGGUGGUCUCCAUCUCCUACGUCGCCGACGAGAACGGAUACCAGCCUCAGGGUGCCCACAUCCCCACCCCUCCCCCAGUGCCCGCCCAGAUCGCUCGCGCCCUCGAGUACAUCGCCAAAAACGCGCCCAGGCAGUAAACCGCCCAUCGAAUAACUGACACGUGAUUGUGGUCACCGUCGUGCAAUAUUGUGAUAAUUCUGUUAAAUUUUAAACCACUUAUUAUAUGAGUGAUCCCACGAAAAUGUAGAUAAUAAAGCUUUAAACGUAAAUACACCUA